CCGGCGAGCGUAUUGUCCAUAUAUAAAUCAUAGUGAACGAGCACCCACCGUAGCAGGCUAGCAGCCAUUAACCCUUCGCUCUGUCUCCUCUCUCUCUCUCUCUCUCUUUCUCUCUUUCAUAAACUCCCUCUCUCUUUCUCUCUCCGUGAUAAUCUCUCCCUCUCUCUCUAAAAAUUUGAGUGGGUGAUCAUUGCCAAGAAGCCGUUCCCUCGUGGUAAGAUUAACGAGGGACCCUAUAUCGUUAUUCUUCUGAAAAAACAGAACUGCCGAACGAGGCAAUGAAGAAGCUCCUCAAGAAAACUCAUUUCAUACGCCAAAAAUGCCUUUUAAUGCCCUGUAUAUUCCUAGAAACCAGGCCUUUUUGCACCCAUUCCUCAAUAGAAGCAACCCAAGAAGACCAUGACAUUCUCGAAAAGCUCUGCAAUUGUUGGAAGACAGAAUUGGGAGUUUUUCAUUGAUAGUUCUGACCUUCGUCACAAGCUCAAGCCUAAUCUGAUACAUAAAACUUUGUUGCAAAACCAGCUGUUUGUCCUUGCUUGUGGUGUGUUAGAGCGCAUGAUUAGGGCUUAUUCUUCGCUUGAGAAAUUGGGUAAAGGGGAGAUUGUGAAAUCAGUCACUAAUGGAUUUCAUCAAUGCGGGAGUGAUUCGAAUCCGGUGGUUUUUUAUGUGCUUAUUGGUGCAUAUGUGAAGAUGGGUAUGCUUGAAGAAGCUUCAAAUGCUUUAUUUUCGAAGAAAAACAUGGGUUUUAGACCUAAUUUGCGUCGCACCAACUCAAUUUUGAAUGCUUUGCUUAAAAAGGAUAAGAUGAGUUUGUUUUGGAAGGUCUAUAAUGGCCUGUUUCCGGGUGAAUUUUCACCUGAUGUGUAUACUUAUAGCACCUUACUUCGUGCUCACCUCAACAGUCGAGAGAUAGAGAAGGCAAAAGAGAUUUUAUCUGAGAUGGAGACGAAGGGAUGUGCCCCAAAUGCCAUAACUUAUAACACCCUUAUACUGGGUCUUUGCAAAGCUGGUUCUCUAUCUGAAGCUUUUGAAUUGAAGAAGAAAAUGGCCCAAAAAGGAUUGAUUGCUGAUGGGUUCACUUAUGGUGCUCUUGUACAUGGUCUAUGCAAGGAGAAAAGGACUGAAGAGGCAAAACGGGUUAUCACUGAAAUGCUUGAGAAUGGACUAAAGCCUGACUGUUACAUUUACAGUAGUUUGAUUGAAGGUUUGGUGAGAGUAGAAGAAAUUGAAGAGGUUUUCAGUGUAAAAGAUAAGAUGGUGGCCUCGGGUAUUCAGCCCAGUGCUAUACAAUAUAACAUGCUUAUUCGUGGGGUAUGCAAAAAGGGUAUGGUGAAAGAAGCUGAUAAGCUCUUGGAUGAGAUGGUGAGGAUGGGUUAUACCCCAGAUUCCAUGGCUUAUACUUCAGUUAUUGAAGGCCAUUGUAAGAAUCAGAAUUUGGCCGGAGCUUUCGAUCUUCUUGCCAAGAUGAAGCAAAGAAGAGUGAAACCAUCUGUGGUAACUUACAGCAUUUUGAUAAAUGGGUUGUGUAGAUCGGGGGAUUUACAGAGAUGUAAUGGUGUAUUGGAGGAAAUGUCAAAGGAAAAUGUGAAGCCAAAUGCUGUUAUUUGUGCUACUCUUAUUAAAGCUCACUGCAAGGAAGGGAAUGUCGAAUUGGGUUGUGAGAUUUUAGAUGGUAUGGAAGGGACAGGCGUGCCUCCGGAUGUCUUUUGCUAUAAUACCCUUAUUAGUGGCCUUUGCAGGGCAGGGAAGAUUGACAAGGCAAAGUCAUACUACCAAAAAAUGAUUGGUGAAGGGUUAGAGCCUACUGCUUUUACAUAUGGGUCUUUCAUCCAUGGUCAUUGCAAGGCUGGGCAGAUGGGUGAUGCCCUUGUAUUCUUCAAUGAGAUGCUCGAUCAAGGUUUACUUCCAAAUGAUGUUAUAUACACCACCAUUAUUAAUGGAUACUGUGAAGCUGGAAACACAGAGGAAGCAUUUUCUACUUAUCGUGCUAUGUUGGGCCGAGGUGUGAUCCCAGAUGUGAGGGCUUACUCUGUGCUUGUUAAUGGCCUCGCAAAGGCUGGAAAGAUGGAGGAGGCUUUUGGGGUUCUAUCUGAGAUGCACAGUAAGGGUCUGACUCCUAAUGUUUACACUUAUACGGCUUUGAUCUCAGGGUUUUGCAAGAUGGGUGAGAUCGCUGAGGCUCUUUUAUACCUUGAAGAGAUGCUUGAAAAGAAGAUAGAGCCGAACAUAUUUACCUAUAAUGCUAUCCUUAAUGGGCUUUGGAAGUCUUGUGACAUUGAGAGGGCCAAAGACAUGUUUAGAAUAAUCUUUGCAAAGGGUCUAACACCAACUGCUGCGACCUAUACCAUAAUGAUAGAUGGCCAUUGCAAGGCGGGCAAUAUGGAGCAGGCCCAUCGCUUGUUUGGGGAGAUGCAAGAGAGAGAGGUAUUUCCAAAUGCAAUCACUUAUACAUCACUUAUUAAUGGGCAUUGUCAGGGAGGGGAUAUGGGAGAGGCUUUGAGGUUAUUUGAGGAGAUGGUAGCAAGGGCCAUCAAGCCUGAUGAAGUUACUUAUCGUGUGCUCAUCCAUUCUCUUUGCAAAGAAGGAAAUUUGAUUGGGGCCUUCAAGCUGAGAAAUGGAGCUCUACACAAUGGAGUGUCAAUAAGUCUUGCUAUGUAUAAUGAACUUAUAGGUGCGCUCUGCGAAAAGGGCGAUCUUGGGGAAGCUUUGAAAUUGCUUGAUGAGAUGAGGAGGCAAGGGACAAAGGCAGAUAAUGCUACUUAUGGUACUUUGAUCCAUUCCUCCUGUGAAAUUGGUAAUUUGGAUGAAGCCACUAGGCUACUGCAGAAUAUGAUGGAUGAUGGGCUGGCCCCAAGUAAUGAAGCGUUGAGCGCCUUGAUUAAGGCACAUGAGAAAGUAGGCAAUGCUCAUAUAGCCGAUGAUCUUAGAAAGCAAGUAAGAGAGGAAGAAGUUGUCCUAGAAGCAAGUAAUCCUUAAUAUGGACGAGCCAUAAUUAUGUGCUCAUCAGUCUGCAUGGUGGGGAAAGAUGUAGUCAUUCAAAGGAAAUACUGCAAGCAAUUAAAGACCAUUUCGGGUGGUGAUUCAAAGUUGGAGAUUACUUGCAUUAGACCAUCACUACUCCAGAUUGAAACAGGUAUCUUCUUAUGAAAUAUGGGUAUACUUGAUUUCUUUUGUAUCAAUGUCGAUUGGUUUGGACUGCUCUUUGUGCUUCUUAUGUUGAACUGGACAUACUAAAGAGCUAUGUGAAGGACCGGGCUAUUGCUGUUUGGGAGUAUUUCAUGCAGAGGUGUGGAACUGCAGGGGACAAGCAUGUCCAGCUUUCAUGUAUCCUGCAGUGAAGAAGCGUAAAGCCAAGAGCACCAGCAGCAAGGGGAACACAGUCACAAAGGAAAUCGGGAGAGAAUAUCUUAAUUACAAUGAACCAAAAAAAAUUACAAAUAUGAUAUUUAUCAGAAAAUGAAGCGUGCCUACUUCAUCAACCAACAGUUGUUGCACUCGACCAUACUUGGUACACACAUUCAAAUCUAUAAAGAAUCCAGAUGGAAGGUAUUAUAAAUCCCAGUCAGGUGGCAACUGGAAUGAUUUCUGUGAUGAGUUUCUGCUGAGGUUACAGGACCAGAACAUAGAAGUCGGGGUGUCUCCACUAACAAACAAUGCAGUGUUGGUUAAGGUACUCGAAGAUUCAAAGAUCUAUUGCACUAGUAUCGUCUGAAAAGCAUGCAAUUGUGAACCCCUUAGUUUUUAGUUUUAUGUUUAACAUUGUAUUUUUGUUUUUGUAUUUGUUAGGAAUAACUAAAAUUGUAUUAGCACAUAACUGAAGAACUUAAUCUUUUGUUGUAGCA